GCAGUCGAUUCUGAAGUCAGUUUCAGUCAAGUUCUAUAAACGGAAAGAAUGUGCUCAAGAGCUGGAAAAUUUAGGGAGCAAACUGAUGAAACUGGAAAGGUGAUAAUUGUGACUGGUUCCAAUACAGGCAUUGGUAAGGAGACAGUCUGGGAGCUGGCACGACGAGGAGCAACCGUUUAUAUGGCGUGUCGGGAUAGAAAUAAAGCUGAAGAAGCAAGACAGGAAAUAAUUCAGGAUACAAAAAAUCAAAAUAUAUUUUUUCUUGAACUCGACUUGGGAUCACUUGAUUCAGUACGCAAGUUUGUCGGCGAUUUUAAGCGGGAACAGGACAGACUGCACGUUCUUAUUAAUAAUGCCGGAGUAAUGCUCGGGCCGCGUAAGCUCACAAAGGAGGGUUUCGAGUGGCAGCUGGGUGUCAAUCAUAUGGGUCCAUUUCUGCUCACAAUUCUCUUGAUUGAUCUUUUAAAGAAAUCUGCACCCAGUCGCAUUAUCAAUUUGUCCAGCAUUGCGCACACUGUUGGCAGGAUCAACAAAACGGAUUUGAAUAGCGAAAAAUCGUACAGCGAAACCGGUGCUUAUAGUCAGAGCAAGUUAGCAAACAUAUUGUUUACACGCGAGUUGGCAGCACGCUUGGAAGGAACGGGCGUAACGGCUAAUGCUCUGCAUCCUGGUGUUGUGAAUACCGAACUUUUCAGGAAUUGGAGAUUUAUUCAGACCAGUUUUGGAAAACGCCUGGUCAAGCCACUGAUAUUACCAUUCGUAAAGUCGCCAAAAAGUGGGGCUCAAACAAGUUUGUUUGCAGCCCUGGAUCCUGACUUGGAACGGGUAACUGGACUCUACUUUAGCGAUUGCAAGCCAAAGCGAGUUGCCAAUGCUGCCACCGAUGAGGAAACUGCAAAGUUUUUGUGGGCAGAAAGCGAAAAGUGGACAGGAGCGCCGACGUCUCAAAUAAACUUAUAAACAUUUGUUUUUCGUUGAUCCGAAGUUGUUAAAUUGCAAUUGGGAAAUGAACACCGCCAAAUUUUGCAUGUUAUCGAUCACACGAAGCACGAACUACUUGAAUUGUGGCGGUAGGUCGAUUACUGACUAAACGCUAACAGCGUGUACAACAGUCGUGCUUCUGAUAAGCUUAUCAGUGCCAUUUUGAGUAUAACAUUGUCAUAACGGCGCUUCAUAUAA